AUGCUUUUCCUCAACGUCGUUGCCGUUGUUGCCAUCGCCACAGGCGCCUCCGCGGCCGCCAUCAUCCCUCGCCUCGAACGUCUGGCCCAGUUUCGCGUCUUUGGCGCCACCAUGUGCAAUUAUGACAAUCUUGGUGUCUCGGUUGCUGUCGAGGGCGAUGCCUCAUUCGGCACCUGUACGAGCCUGAAGGGUGAUGACGUCCACUCCAUCUUCGCCACCACCAUCCACGACGACUGCCAUUUGUUUCUUUUUGCCGACGAGAAGUGCACCAUUGCGAAGGUCGAAGUCGAGGAAGAAGAAUGCCUCAGCACCGCGGGGAGUUUCAAGGCAUGGUCCAUUGACUGCGACCCCUUUUAG